GCCGUUAGUCGGCUCGUGCUGGAGCGGGGCUGAGGCGUGUGGUGGUGAUCAAAAUACCGUUAAGAUGCUACCGUAUGUUCAUCAAGCAUCAGCUAUCAGCAGUUCCUCUUAUCUAUGAUUUAAGUAAAGGAUAGACGGUUAAUGAAUGCCGAAUUGCAUUUGUCAGGAUUCUAGUUGUUCAAAAUAAUUAUUUGUGUUAAAAUUCGUCAAAAGAGAGCCCUAAGCGUUACAAAUGAUUGGAGUCUGACGGCUUUCCGUUGGAAUUCGCUUCUGCGGGAAGAAGGCAAUUUUCUUGAAGGGAUGUGGACGCUAUAAUAUAUAAACAUGAAUGUUGUAUUGUCUCGAUUGCAUUACAAUCGAUCAAUAUUAAACCAAGCGGUUUAAACGGAUGCUUUGUGAAACUAGCUUUUGGUUCUGCGUAGGAUGCUAAAAUCGGAAUACGAAGACAGAAAACAGCAGUGGAUUAUAUAUUUUAAGAUAUUUCAUUUUUUUGUUGUUGAUUGAAAAUGGAGAACGAUUUUACCACGCUUGUUGAGCAGUUUAUGUCAGAUCCCUUGGUAACUUGGGUAAAGACUUUCGGGGCGUUAACUCCGGCAAAUGGAGGAGUACUUUUGGAAUACAUGGAGUUGGUUGACGGCGUCUUUCUUAGUAACAUAAUGGUUCAAAUCAAUCCUAAGUCAGUAAAUGAAAGACUGAACAAGAAAGUAAACAAUGACGUGUCACUCAGAAUUCAAAAUUUAUCCUGUUUGGUGCACAAUAUUAAAUCGUAUUAUCAGGAGACACUUCAGCAACUAAUUAUGAUGUCUCUUCCAAAUGUUCUUGUCCUGGGCCGGACCCCUCUCUCAGACUGUGGAAUUAAUGAGAUGAAGAAGCUCCUCCUGCUUCUACUAGGUUGCACAGUUCAGUGUGAAAGAAAAGAAGAAUUUAUUGAGAGGAUCAAAAAUCUUGAUUUUGAUACAAAAGCUACUGUUGCUAUUCACAUUCAAGAGGUGACACACAAUCAAGAGAAUGUCUUUGAUAUGCAAUGGAUGGAAUUAACCGACAUCUCUCGUGAGGAUCUUAAUUCCUCGUUCAGAAAAAUGGCAAAUCAUCUGAAAAGGCUUGUGGAUGAAAGAGACGAAAAAUGUGAGAUAAUAUUGCGUCUUGCACAGGAGCGUGACUGCUCCCAGUCUCCAGUUCGUGGAAUAGUUCAGUCACCUACUGGUUCACCAGGAAUGCAGCGAACUGAGAGCCGACAACAUCUAUCAGUUGAACUGGCAGACACUAAAGCUAAACUCCGAAGGAUCAGGCAAGAGAUGGAAGAGAAAACAGAGCAAUUGUUGGACAGUAAGCAAGAACUGGAGCAGAUGGAAGUUGAACUAAAAAGACUACAACAAGAGAACCUACAACUUUUGUCUGAUGCUCGUUCUGCUAGAACAUAUCGUGAUGAGCUUGACUCAUUACGUGAAAAAGCACUUAAAGUCGAUAAGCUUGAAAGUGCAGUUAUCCGAUACAAAGAUCGGCUUCAUGACAUUGAAUUUUAUAAAGCAAGAACUGAGGAAUUAAAAGAAGAUAACAAAAUAUUGUUAGAGACAAAAAUAAUGUUGGAAGACCAACUUGAGGGAGCCCGAGCACGUUGUGACAAACUACAUGAAUUUGAGAAAGAGAACCUGCAGUUAAUGGCUAAAGUACAUGAUAUGGAGAUGGAACGUGACACAGACAGGAAACGUAUUGAGGAAUUAAUGGAAGAAAAUUUGUCUCUUGAAAUGGCUCAAAAGCAAAGCAUGGAUGAAUCAUUGCACUUAGGCUGGGAGCUAGAACAGUUAUCCAAAACCACUGAAUUUUCUGAGGUGCCACACAAGUCUCUUGGUCAAGAAGUGAAUGAGUUAACCUCAAGUCGUUUACUUAAGAUGGAAAAAGAAAACCAGGCUCUGCUGAAAACUGUGGAGGAACUUCGCAUUGCUGUGAAUUCUGCAGAUAGCAGUAACCUUAAAUUUCUGGAACUUGAAAAGGAGAACCAGAGACUAAAGAAAAAGGUGGAGAGGCUCCAGGGAGAAAUCAGCAAUGAAAAAGAAAGUAUGCAAAAUGUUGAGACUCUUACUGAUGACCUCAUAAAAGAGAAGUCCCAACUUGAAAAAUCUAUUGAAAGCAUCCAACAAAAUGCAGAGCGACAGAUUAAAGUAUUGGAACAGGAGAAUGAGCACUUAAAUCAUACCAUUGCAUCCUUACGACAACGUGCACAAAUAAGUGUAGAAGCUGGAGUGAAAGACAUUGAAAAAGAAAAUAAAAUCCUCCAUGAAUCUAUUAAGGAAACCAGCAGUAAACUGAACAAAGUAGAAUUUGAAAAAAAGCAAAUCCAAAAAGAAUUAGAACAUUAUAAAGAAAAAGGAAAAAGGGCAGAAGAGCUUGAGGUUAUUUUGAGUCGCUUGGAAAGAGAAAAUGAACAGCUGCAGAGGAAGAUUACUGGUCUAAUGAUCACAUGUGAAAAAAUAGAUAUCUUGGAGCAGGAAAUCUCUGAUUUGGAAGUGGAAAAUAAUAAGCUGAGAAAGACAUUGGAUAGUCUGAAAAAUCUUACUGUGCAAUUGGAUGUUUUAGAAAAAGAAAACAACCAACUCGAGGAUGAAAAUUUGCAGUUAAGGAGGACACUGGAGAACUUGAAAUCCAAUGGUGUCAAGUUGGCACAACUUGAAUUGGAAAAUAAAGAACUGGAAAAUGAAAAAGAGCAGCUAAAAAAGAGUCUGGAACUUUUGAAAGCUUGUAACAAGAAAACUGAACGAUUAGAGGUAAGCUAUCAGGGACUUGAUUUAGAAAAUCAGAGACUCCAAAAGGCCCUUGAAAAUAGCAGCAAGAAGAUUAAUCAAUUGGAAAAUGAGCUACAAGACUUAGAAACAGAAAAUCAGAGCCUGCAAAGAAAUCUGGAAGAGCUAAAAAUCUCCAGCAAACGGCUACAGCAACUAGAAAAAGAGAACAAACUCUUGGAGCAGGAGGCUAUCCAAUUGGAGAAAGACAAAAAGCAGCUUGAAAAGGAAAAUAGGAGAUUGCGUCAACAGACUGAGAUCAAGGAUUCCACACUGGAUGAAAACAAUAUGACAAUUUCUAACCUUGAGAAAGAGAAUAAAUUGCUAACAAAAGAAAUCAACAAAUUCAAAGACUUUUAUGGUCGACUGAAAGAUUUAGAAAAAGACAAUAAAGAGUUAGUUAAACAAGCAACUAUUGAUAAGAAGACUCUAGUGACAUUAAGAGAGGAACUUGUAAAUGAGAAAUUAUAUACCCAGCAAAUGAGCAAUGACUUGGAAAAACUCACUCAUGAACUAGAGAAGAUUGGAUUAAACAAGGAGCGUCUCCUUCAUGACGAACAAACCACUGAUGAUAGUAGAUAUAAACUUUUGGAAUCAAAACUUGAAAGCACACUAAAAAAAUCUCUAGAAAUUAAAGAAGAAAAAAUUGCCAGUCUUGAAGCACGUUUAGAAGAAUCAACAAAUUUAAACCAACAACUACGUCAGGAGCUAAAGACGGUGAAAAAAAAUUAUGAAGCUCUCAAGCAGAGACAAGAAGAGGAAAAAACAGUGCAGAAUUUCCAGCAUAAGCCAAUUGAAGAAAUUCAGACGACAAAUAAAUGGGAACAAGAAAACCAAGAAGUAACUCGGGAGCUAUUAAAGGUUAAAGACAGACUUAUCGAAAUUGAGAGAAAUAAUGCAACACUUCAAGCAGAGAAACAGGCCUUGAAAACGCAAUUGAAACAGAUGGAAACCCAGAAUAACAACUUGCAAUCACAAAUUCUUGCACUUCAGAAACAAACAACAUCAUUGCAGGUGCACAAUACCUCUUUGCAGACAGAGAAUGCCAAGUUACAGGUGGAGCAUUCUACACUGGGUUCCCAAAGCGCAUCCUUGAUGACUCAGAAUUCUCAGCUUCAGAACCAACAGUUGUCUUUGGAGAAUGAGAAUGAAUUACUGAUGAAAGAAAAGGACGAAUUGAAAUUAUUGUAUGAUUCACUUGUCAAAGAUCAUGAAAAGCUAGCAAAGUUACAUGAGCAUCAGGCAACUGAAUAUGAGAGUCUCAUUAAUAAACAUGGAAGUCUGAAAUGUGCUCAUAAAAAUUUAGAAGUUGAACACAAAGAUCUCGAGGACAGGUACAAUGCACUGCUGAAGCAAAAAGGCCAAUUAGAAGAAUUGGAGACUACUUUGAAAAAGGAGCAGGAGAAAAUGUGUCAUGAUGCUGAGAAACAUGAAACCAUGAUGCAAGAAUACCACAAUCUUUGUAAUGAAAAUGCUAGGUUAAACCAAAUAAACAGCCAUCUGCUAAAAGAAAAUGAAGGAUUGCAGUUGGACCACAAAAAUCUUAAAACCAUUCUAAAUGGUGGCAAGCUGGAGCAUGCACGAUUGGAAGCAGACUUUGCAAAACUGAAGGAACAGUACCAACAGCUCGAUAUCAGUUCCACUAAACUAAAUAACCAAUGUGAGCUACUGAGCCAAUUAAAAGGGAAUCUUGAGGAAGAAAACCGACACUUGCUUGACCAGAUCCAGACAUUAAUGCUGCACAACAAAUCAUUAUUAGAACAGAGCAUGGAGAGUAAGGAUCUAUUCCAUGUGGAGCAAAGGCAGUAUAUUGAUAAACUAAAUGAACUUCGACGACAGAAGGAAAAACUUGAAGAGAAGAUUAUGGAUCAAUAUAAGUUCUAUGAGCCCUCACCCCCUCGAAGAAGGGGCAAUUGGAUUGCCAUAAAGAUGAAAAAGUUAAUGAAACACAAAAAGGAAGGCAACAGAGAACGUAUUAAAUCCCUCACAGGCACUCCAACUAGGUCAGAAUCAAGUGAUGGAUUUCUUCAACUGCCUCAGCAUGAUAGUCAAGAUAGCUCUUCUGUCGGAUCGAACUCUCUUGAUGAAGGUCAUUCAGCUAAGAAAAGCAGUAUGGCCACGCUGAAAAGGCUGCCUUUUAUGAGGAACAGACCGAAGGAUAAAGACAAAAUGAAGGCCCUCUACCGUCGCUCUAUGUCUAUGAAUGAUCUGCUCCAGUCUAUGAUAUCAGCAGGAGUUCAGUGGUCAGGUAGUUCUGAAAAUUUGGAGGAGUCUAAUGAGUCUGGAGGACAGAGGACAGAAUUGGGGUCCAUGGCAUUUUCCACAACGGCUAUUAACCUCACCACUACAAACUCUUCUGGCUUCAGAUCCAAGCAAAGACUUCAGUCUAAAGAUCUCUUCACUGUGAUAGAUGAAGAUGGCUCUUUUCCACAAGUUCUUGCAAUGGGAACUUGUCAAAGAAAGUCUACCUUAUUCAAAGGUAUUGCUUCCAAUGAAGAUUUAUUAUCCAAUGAACCAAACCUUAACAAUUCUGGCUCAGGAUCAAGAAGUCGAGCUUCCAGACCAGCCAGCCUUGAUAGUAGCAGGACAUCCAGUAGCAAUAACAAUAAUAAUGCUUCAGCCCACGAUGCAAAAGCAGGUGCAGUUAAUGCGAGACACAGUAGGUUUCAAAGCCAUAGCAGCGGAGAAUGUUGUUCAGCCGAUGAUAGUCACUUAUUAUCAAACAGUGGCCUUUCAUCUGGUCAUACACAAACUUUGAAAAAAGAUGUUUCCUUUCAAAAGAAAGACGUUAAAGUUGAUGAUACCCAAAAUCGUUCUCUGCAAAGGAAUAAAGCCACAUCACCUGGGAGUGAAAUAGUUACCUUACAGCAGUUUCUGGAAGAAAGUAACAUAAAUCAAUCGUCACAGAUACAAUCUGAAGGUUGCGAGAAUGUUUCCACAAGCACCACAGAUCUGCCAGAACUAAUUGGAACUGAGAAGUUGAAUCACAAUCUUACCAAUAAUAGUGCUACUGUCAAAUCACCUAGAGGAGGAGAAAGCAACUCUUUCAGUAGCAAGUUACACAAGCCUGGGCAGUAUGUAAAGCCAAAUCCUCGAAAUCCAGACCAUAUAUGUAUUACAAGCAUCUCAGAAGAUAUGACAUUUUUAAACCAAGGAAAGACUUUGUCUACUUGCAGAUUACCAACUGUGCCACACCGAUCAUCCCAAAUAGACUACAACACUUCUACUCUACCCCGUGCAAGUCAUGUGAUUUCUACAGCAGAAGGUUCAAGUCGAAGAACAAGCAUCCAUGAAUUCAUGUCAAGAGAUAGUAGAGCACCUGUGUCGAUAGAUCCAUCUCCAGGGAAAGUGCUAACAAGCACUCAGACAUUACCCAGUGAGUACCAAGUAAAUUAUUGCCACCAAGCUCAUUUUCCUCACCACGUUGCUUACCAUAUUCAAAAAGAAUCUAAUGUGCAGAAAUCACGAUUAAUCCAACCAUAUGGCAAAAGUCAGUCACUAGAUCAUGACUUAAAUCUUGUAAACACCAAAAGGAUCUCUUGUGCUUCUUCAAAUAGUAUAAAAGAACAAAUCACUUCAAAAUCAGCUUCAUCUCUUGGGCUAGGUAUUAUAUCUGGAACUAUAACAGGGGAAUCUAACCAAAAUGAAAUGGUUUCCUUUACUAGUGUUCACCUUUCUUCAUCCAGUUUAUCCAACAAUCCUAUCAGUAUGCUGCCUCAAAAACCCAAAGCACACCCAACUGAUAUCGCUUUGGUGUCACCGAUUAAAACAGAACAGCCCCCAGAGGAAAAUCAAGGUAUUAUUCUUUCAAAAUCCACUGAUGAACUGUUUAAAUUUGAGAAUCAGGAGAGCAGUAGAUUAAAUUCUCUUCUUAUCAGUGAUAUAUCCCCCUCUAGUGAAGAAAUUCUGAAUGUUUCUGUUUCCCCCUCAGUAAUGUCAGAAGACAAACAGACUGUAUGGUAUGAAUAUGGAUGUGUUUAACUGAUAUUAUUAAGGGACAGCUAGGUAAUUACCAGUGAGCUCCUAGGCAAACUAACAUUUACUGUGUAAUAUUAGUUGGAAAUGGAAUAAAAUGUGAGGCAUUUUGUUAAAUAGAGAUCCAAUUAGUCCUUCUCUUGUCAUGUAUUUAUCUCUUCAUUUGAUAUUCAGGUAUUGAUAAACUAGACCUCAGAUUUUUGUCCAAAAUUGUGUCCAUUCAUUUCAUUUAUAGGAUAGCUGUUGAAACCUUAGCACAUAAUCAUACUUCCAUUAACAAUUUAAUUUAUAUUUUGAACCAUUAGGACUUGAUGAUCCUUUUUAAUCACAAUCUACUUUAAAAGCAUCAAUUUUUUGAAGGAAGUUUGUCCAACUUCUGAACACAAGAUCAAAGUAGAAUAAUGAUUACAGUUGGUGUUAAGCAUUUUCUUAAUUAUUUCUUAGAUGUAUAAAAGAUCCAAAGUUCAAAUUUAAAUGCAUUUUGAUAAAGAAGAGUUGUUGCAGAUGGAGAAACAGGGUGUUUUAAAGUUCAUUUGGCUCUACAGAACUUCAAAAAUUUCUCUACUACCAAGAAUUUUAUAUUCUAUGUUAUUUUUCUAACUUGUCUUUAAAAAAAAGUGGCCAUUAAGUGAAGCUAUAUUUGAUGAUUUUAGAAAUCAAAAUACACAAAUGCCCCAUGCUACAUGAUACCCCUCGUGAUAAAUUAUUAAUUUCGACUGGGCUGCCAUUGGGCAGUAAAGAGUGAAACUUUGAUUUUUUUUUUACAAGGAGUAUAACAAUUGGGCCAAUGGAAAAGGGAGAGCUUGCUUUUGCUGGAGAAUUACAGAAACCCCAGAGGAGCAGACAGAAGAGAAUUGAGUAAACUUCUAAACAUGUAACAUGGAAGCAGAAAGCCAACCAGUUUUUUUUUGUAUUCCUUAAAAUAUUAGAUUUCAUACAUUGUGUUUAAAUCAAGUAUAAUGGCCAGCAAUGAAACUGAAACUUUACUUCAUAUUAUUAUACAACCUAUUAUAAAAUACUUCCUGUAGAAAAUAAAACUGCAAGGUGCAAUGGACUAAAUAGCAGCUAACAUUUGUAAGAUGGUAAAUUGUCAGUGAUAACCAUAUUCCAUGAAUAUAAGUAAUUAGAUUUCUAACUUUUUGUGAACACUUCCAAAUACUUGUGUUCCCUAACUUUCCUGUACAGUGGAAGUAAAACUUUUUAAAUUUGAAAAUAACCUUCGCAGCAGAAAUUUUAUUGUUCACUUUAAUUGAUAAAAUGUCUUGUGCUUACUAAUAUUUUUAAAAAUUGGUAUUUUCUUGCAUAUUUUGAUUUUUGAAAAUAUGGCAUCUUCCAAAAAUAUUUUGUUUUGUAUUUGUAAUCCAGGAAAAUCAAGAGUAGGCCAUAUAAUACUUAAAGCCUGAUGUGUCUCAACCUUUUAGCCACUUGCUCAAUUCCUAUAUCCUCUUGUUAUAUAUAUAAAAUCUAUUGACAAUACUGAACACCUUAGCAUUCAUGGACAUCUGAGAUAGCAAAACUCCAAAUAUCAAGAUAUUUCUCCCUAUCUCUAUCCUAAAUGACUAUAAAGCAUUAAUGGCUAUUAAUUUGCUCCAUAUCUCAGCUUUCGGAUUUUUGGGAGAGACGGGAAACAUGGUACAAUUGUUGAAUGAAUUUUUAUCAUUCUAAUAGCAUUGAAAACUUGUUUGUAAAAAGCCAUCCUGAAAUUACAUGAGUUUGUUUGGUGUGAUUUCACAAACUACCACAAAUUUCAGAAGGUUUGAUUGUUAGAAGGAAAUGGAGUGAAUGUUUUGUGUUUCACUGUUUUGUACUUGAUGCUGGUUUGGAUGUUCAGUAACUUCAAAUCUAUCCCAACAUUAUUCACCUCAGCAACCAUACACUUAAAAACUAGAAAUAAAGUGCAAGUUGCAAUUGUUCACAGUGGUUAUUUGCCAAAUUGCUUAUCGUUGUUUUAUUUUGGUUUCACAGUUUGAAUCUCAUUAUUAAAUAUAGGCAAGCUUUUCACAAAACUGGAUAUUAUGACUUUUAUACUGAGCAAUUAUCAAGUUGAUAUCAUUUCCUUUUAUGUUUAGAACCCGCUCUGUUCAAAGAACAUUCAAAGUAAUUACAACCUUGCAUCUAUGUCUGAAGAUUGUGGUCAUAAUUUUUUUUGAAUGUCUUUAAUUUCAUUCAAUUAGCCUUGUAAUGGGCAAGCUGACUUAGUUCAAAAUGUCAAAAUAUAUGAAAGAACAAUUAAGAUGGUAAUGUAGGAUAUAAAAGUAUGUGGCAUUAACUAAUGAUUACUUGGUUUAUGGUAAAAUAUACUGUGCAAUUUAAAAUUUGUUAAACUAUUAAAUGUUGGAGAAAUGAGAGCCAAUAGCAAAUUCAUACCAAUCUCUCAGCUGAUGCAUUAAAAUCAGCAAGUUAAAUUUAUUGCAGCGUAUUGUUAUAAAACAAUGAAUAUGAAAACAGUAAAUUUAUUUUCAAUACUAAUGUUAUGUUGUAAUUACUAAAAGAACUUAAAAUUUCCUCAAAAGAAUAUUGCAAAAUAGAUAUGUUAAAAUAAUGAAACAGUGUCCUUAGCAUAAUGAGCUGUAUAGAAUAUACUAUUGAAAAGAUUAAUUUCCAAAUUAAUUUAAAGAGUUAAAGUAUAGUUACUUUAAUAUUUAACGAUAUUGUCAGUGAUCAACAUCUGGAAUGCAUGUUUGUUUCAAUGAGACAACCAAUUUAAUACAUGAGUCGUAUCACAGGCUGUCAUAGUUUUUGUUAAAAAAAAUAACUAUGAAAUGUUCAUUAAAAUAUUGCAGUUAAAAUAAGUUUGUCAAAAAAUCGGUAACUGGAUUUAGUUAUAAGAGGAAACCUGUUUUCUUUCUGUUUCAAAUGUUACAGCAUAACAGAGACAGUUUGAUUAAUCUAAAAUGAAAAUCUUGUCCUGUUUAACCAAUAUUUAAAUUUCAAGUAUUGCACCCAUCAGAGAGCUGCUGCUUUUUUGAUAACAGCUGGUUCUAAAAGAUUAUAGCUUUUGUCUCUUUGUUUCAGUAAACUUGAUACUGAAGUUAUGUAUUUGUGUAGAAAGAAACAAAGAUUAGCUUUGGAGGCUGCAUAUGAUAUGUGUAUUGUAAUGUUGAUAUAAUAAAAGGUUAAUCUUGCUUGUAUAAACAAAUG